CGAGCAAGACGACUGAACUCAUUCUAUGCUGAUUCAUUCACCGUCUAGUACCAUUACUGGAAUAGGUAGUAUCUCGAAUAAGUAUAAUAUUAUACCGAUCGUGCUACUCAUUCGGGUUUCAUUUUUUUUUUAAUUCUCAUCAACUCUCACCGCGUAUUGUGGAGAGGAAAUGGUUUAAAGUUCAUGAUGAAAAUUUCGGGCAUUUUUUAAUAUACCUACGCUUAAUUUUGUAAAUUUCAUUUCAAUUGUUUUCGUGUGCUUUGCGAAAGAAGUCAACAUGCGUCUAAUUUACAGUUUCGGGUUGACCUCGUUACUCGUCAGUUUAUGGGUAGUUCAGACAUGUUCGGCUACAUUACCAAAUGGAGCUCAAAAUUUAGAAGAUUCGGCUAAACCAGCCGGCAAUAAUAGACUUUUCAACAGGGCCAUAAGAGGUUCACAUGGGAAUGCACCUGCACCUCGUUUAGGUGGACAAGCUAAAUCCCAACCAACUCCACAAAAAACCACUCCAAGUCCACCUCCGCCGCCAGUAGAAACUGGAAAUGAACCCGAAUCUGGUGAAGAUAGGCCAGAAGGAACUGAAGUCGAAGGCAAUUUCGCAGAGGAAGCAGUUUCAUCAACUACGACCAGUACAACAGAAGCUCCAAGACGGAGAACAGUAUUACCUGUAAAACGCAUUCAGUCUAAUAAAGAUUUUAUGGAAAAGUUGAAAAGAAGGAGAGAAGAACAACAUCAGCCUGGAUUCACGCUCGUACCUCACACUACCACUUCAACCACUGAGAAACCAAUAAAACAGAAUACUCCAGGAAAUAAGAAAAACAACCCCCCUAAAACUCCUACAGCACCAACCAAUCAAGGAUCUCGAAAAAAUCCUACUCCUACCCGAAGGUAUAAUGCUAAAGCAGUUACUCCAGCACAAACCACACCUCUGCCAGUUUCAUCCAACGAAGCUAUCGCUGAAGAAAGUAACUUGGCUACGCAAUCUUCAAAAAUCCGCACAUACCCAAAAGCCAGAAGAACCAGUGCGAGCUAAAUUUGCAUUAAGUAUAUUAAAAGCAAUGUAAAAUUGGAAAAUUGGAAAAAUUUCAAAAGUCCAAAUUGCAAUUUGGCUGUGAACUGGCAAACAUGUCUGAAUACAAGUUUAUUGAAAUUGUAAAAAAAAAAAAAUCAAACUUAGAAAAAUGUGGGAAAAUGACCAAUAAUGUUUGCAAUCACUAUACAAGAAUACCUACAUUAUUUCUUGUACAUACAUGUAAGUUGAAAAUUUUUGCCAGUGAUAAAAAUUAUUCCAUUUUUUUGUGCAAUAUGUUUCUUGUGCGUCAAUAAGUCGUUAUCUCAAAUAUAUUUAAUAAAAAUUUCA